UGUCAAACAAAGCUUCGAUUGAAGGGGGGCCGAGAAAGUUUUUACAUUUUGUAGUGAAGAUAAGUGAUAUUAUUAAGUGAAAACUGAUUGUAGUUGUAUUUUUUGCGUAUUAAACAACGCUGCUUUAAAACCAGAAUGUCUCAAGACAAAGAGGGACCAUUGCCUGAAGGAUGGGAGAUGAGAACAAGCCGCUCCACUGGUAUGACUUAUUUCCUCAAUACUUACACUAAAAAGUCGCAAUGGGAACGCCCGGAGGCGCCAGCAGACCCCGGAGAGAUCAGAUGCAGCCACAUCUUAGUGAAACACGCAGAAAGCCGUCGCCCUUCGUCAUGGCGCGAGGAAAAAAUCACAAGAACCAAAAACGAAGCUAUGGAUUUGGUUAAAACCUAUCGCAAACAAAUAGUCAGCAACGAUACAGCGUUUGUUGACAUAGCAUCUAAGUAUUCGGACUGCUCUUCAGCUAAACGUGGUGGUGAUCUUGGUCUGUUCGGUCGAGGACAGAUGCAGCCUGCGUUUGAAGAUGAAGCGUUCAAAUUGAAGGUGGGGCAGCUUAGCAAACCUGUAGAAACUGAUUCUGGAGUUCAUAUCAUCCUUAGAACAGCCUAAUUUUUCAAGUCUGUAUUUUAAUAUCUGCCUUAAUUGUAAAGUCAGCACAUCAGGCUUUUAUAUUUAUGUAUUAACCUCUCAGACCCCAAGCUGUAGCCGGCUGCCGCAUAAAAAUUGAUUAUCUAUUGUGUCUAGAUUCACGGAGCUUGAAGGAUUAAACUGGCAUGUACUACUUCUACAUAAGAUGCCACAGGGAAAAGCUUGAUGUGCUGUUAUCUAUUCAUAAUUCAAUGUAUCCAUCUACCAUAAGUCUUUAAUUUGUCAGUGAAAUGUAAAAUAAUGACAUUCUUUUUUUUUUCAAUAUUGUUGAGUAAUAGUUUAAGUAUUUCCUUGAGAAGUAUGAAAAUUCUAAUUCUAGUGUCCAAUAUUUGAUUGAAAUUUAACUACUGUGCAAAAUCAACCGAAUCUCAUAACUAAAUAUCUACCUCUCUAUUCAGUCAUCCAUCAGGCUAUGGGACUGUAUUUCUAUCACCAAUUUAUAUUUUGUGGUGCAUGUGGUUGAACAUUCCAUAACUGAUGUAGAUGUCAUACAAUGUCAAAUAGCUUUUUGAGUAUGAUAUUUUCUGUCUUUAGUUCUAUCUAGUAUGAUUCUGGUAAGCUAAUUAAAUCUUUUUUCAUGGAAAAACGCAAUUUUGAAUGUAUGUGUCUCAUUUCUAUUCAAGACAGCUAUUGUGUUUUGUAAUAUAAGAUAGGUUUAAAGAUGUCUAAAUUAUCGUAUAACCAAUAACUCCCAUUGGCGAGGGGGUGCAUAACAUAAUAUCCUUUCCUACCUCGAAAUAAAUGAAUGCCUGUUGCUGCCAAUAAUUUUUAAAAAACAAUUUUAUAAUUAAUACCUCCAAAUUUUAUAACUAGGAUUUUUUGCACCAAUGUUUAGAAAUAUCAAUAUGGAAUAUAAAACAGGAUAAAUCCCAAGUUAAAGAAUGUGCUAUUAGAAACUUCUAGGAUGGAUAGACUUGAAAGACUCAAAAAUAUUUUGGUAACCCAAUAAAGGAUGAAUUGUAAAUUUUUAAAUAAAUCAUAAAUGGGGUAUCAAAUUAACGAUAGAAAGGUUGCAAAAGUAUUUUUUUCGUAAAUCUUUAAAUUGUAAUAAUAAGUGCUUUUGACUACAUUCUCAAACUAUCGUAAGUUAAUAAAUAUUCUUAUGUAAGAUGUGGUUAUUAAUACCAUAUUUUUCUAUUUCUAUACCUACUUUAAACAAUGUGAUUAGAUUAGACUAAUGUGAUUAGAACUUAUGAUUGGUGUCUAUUAUUAUUGCAUUUAACAUAUUUAAAGAUUUCAAUGAUUGUCAAAUCCUAUUAAUCUGUCUCAAUUAGUUUUAUUUGAUGUUUUUUCUGGAUUGUGUAUUAAUAGGUACUAUUAAAGAAUAACAUUUAUUUUUAAAAUA